AUGGGCCUAGUUGACUCGGCCAUGCCUCGAAAGCGCUCACCUCCUCCUCCUCCAACCUGUUCAACUGGUCCAGGCGGGAGUCGAUCAGCCUCAAUCUGGCUAAAAUGGCUCUAUUCUUCCGAUGGCACACAAGCUCUGGCUGACCAAAUCCUGCGAGGCCAGUUUGUGGGUUCCCAGUCUUCGUUUCCGCCGACUUCUCGUCUUCCUCCUCUCUAUUUCUUUGCCCAGCCAAAGCGUCUUCAAUCAUUUCGCCCGUCUCAUGCCGGUUCACCUUGCCUGUACCAAUCGGUCCGGCAUUCGCCUCUUCCCAUAACUCGUCAUUGGUACACUUUCUGGUUGAUCCAUCCAUUCUCAAUUGAUUCAUAUAUCGCCCGCUUUGUCGGCAGACCUGUUUUCCCGUUGGCCAUGAGAUCUUCCGUCUGUCCACCAAACUAA